AUGGAGGUUAAUAAUGCUGUGAAAACUAAAAUUCAUGUGGAGACAAGUGGAGCAAGAAUAAUCUUUGAUCGAUUUCAUAACUCAGAACCAGACUCCUACUUUUCACCAUACAAGAUUCAGAAUAGUUUUAAUGACAGUGGAUGCCUGUCUCAGUCUUACAACUCGUUAUCGGACAGCACAUUGCAAGACCAUGCGCCACUGCCUUAUACAGUUUGGCCAACUCAGGAAGAAGAUUGUAAAUCAAUGGAUUGGUCUCAAGGAAUACCUAAUAUCAGACGUCAGGUAGAUAGCAAUAAUGGCGGAAGUGAAGCUGAUCUUUAUGGGUUAGUGUCAAACAUCUUGGAAGAACCAGAUACAAUGGAUCUCUACUCCUCACGCUUCUCAGAGAACAGGACAUCAUCUAGUAUGAAAGGUGUGUGGUCUCCAAAGUUAAUAAGAGAGGACAGCUUGCAGUACUUCACUAAUGAGGUGCAGAUGCCGCCCAUCCCUGGCUUUCCAUCAAACCAGAUUUGCCCUAAACCAAUCACCAAUGUCGGUGCUCAGCUUGCAGGCAGAGAAUCUCAUCAGUGGGCCGAACUUCAGAAUUUUAAUGGUUUUGAUGCUUCUGCACCACCCUGUCAUUUCUCAUCCUGUAACGGAGAGGCUGACACCUAUUCUUCCCCUCCUCAAAACAUAAUUCGUCCCCCAGGCCUGAACACACCCCCAGCAUUAAGCUCUUACCUUUCACAGAACCAGGCACGUAAACCUGAGUAUUUUACACCUGAGAAGGAUGAGGAAUACUUUAGCACAGUCAACAACUUCUGCUGUCCUCCAAACAAAAUGGAUGACUCCUAUUUCGAUUCAUCCCAUGACUUUUCACCUAUGAGCAAAGACAAACUGAGAACAGCUCAAUCUUUUUCUGUGCAGGAUGUCAGUAAACUGGCCUUUCUUUUGGCAGAGCAGGAUAGUGGCUUCUGCAGAGAAUCUGCUCAGAACAAUCUUCUGGUCCAGAGGAAUCAGGAGGAAAACAUGAUGGAACAGAAAAGUCAUCCCUUUCAAAGAAUGUCAGAGCUCAUUACUCAGAUACCAGAUUUCAAGACAGAGAUGACCCGCAGCCAUGUGGAGCAAAGAGGAGCGGAAGUAGGUGUCAAAAAGACUCUUUUACAGAGUGGUUACCCUACAAAUGAUUUUUUGGGUUUCGGACAACAGCCACUUAAACCCUUUUCGAACAGCUUCAUCCCUCCAACCCUGCACCCAAGCAAAGAAGGCAGCCAAAUUGGAAGAAAUGCAGCACAAACCAGUGUAAAUCAGUUUCAGCAUACCCAGUCAAAUCACUAUCAGAGCCAAACUAAGAUCGCAGCUAAGACCAACGGCAACAUUGAAUCUCAGGGGUUAGCAAAGCUUAUGACUUUGCCUGGGGUUGUUCCCUUACUUCCUUCUCAGCAAUUGUUACGGGCUGCAGCAAGAGUCCCAACUGAUUUCAGUCAAGGAAAUGGAGUUAAUCUACAGGGUAGGACAGGCCAGGUUAGUCUGGAGGGGUUGAGAAAUGGAGCAGGAAAUGUGGACAUUGGAGAUUUUGACCUCCAGCAAGAGAACAACAGGCUGUCGGCUGGCCUCAUGAUCGAUGGGCGCUUUACUCAACGAUUUAGCACGAAACCCAAACUUCCAAUUGGUUUCCCUAAACAGCUGGACAAGAAACAAGGGCUUCUGCAGAAUCCAUAUCAAGAGCUGGGCAGUAUGUAUGGGGGACAAGUCAGACACAAUGGAGCUGCUUCAAACUCAGCCAAACCCACACCAUUCCAACUUUUCCCAUUCCUGUAUCAAAUGGGUGAUCCCAGAAAAAACGCAUGCCACACGAUCCAGUCUCAACCCCACCUGCCAUACAGCUCUGUGCCCCACAUUGACACGAAUGAACUUCUGUCAAAUGGAAACCGUUCAGCCCUCAGCCCUUACCUGCAAGAGUGUAUUGGACCAAACCAAGCAUCAGGGGAUGGGGCUUUCUCUGGGUUUCUGUCUGCCAUGAGUUUAUCUCAGGGACUAGGAAGCCCCAACAGUCAGCUACACUAUUACCUGGAGGAGUGUUACGAGCAGUGGAGGAUGCUGGAAAGAGAGAGGAAGAAAGCAGAAGCUGUUCUCAUAAAGAGCUACCCAGGGAAACGUGUGUCUGUGGUGACCAAUGUUUUACCCAAAAUGCCUCCAAACCCUUCCAGAGUGGACCGACUCAUUGUAGACCAGCUGCGGGAACAGGCCAAGGUGGCAGGUUUGUUGGGGAAGAUGGAACAGUUGCGGAGUUUCCCCCUUCAUGCUAAUAUCUGCUCAGCAUUGGACAGACAUCUUGAGGUCAUUUACAUCACUCAGGCACGCCGGAAGGACGAGUUCAUCAAUGCUAGCAACAGACAGAGGCAGCCCGUGGCCUUCUUUAGAGAGGACAGAGAGAUCCUUCUAUUGGCAUCUGCUGUGAAGGACCUGUGCAGCAGCACCAGGAAGGCCCGAUCUGCCCUUUGGUGUGCAUUGCAAAUGACUUUGCCCAAAACAAGCAGCUUUCCAGAAGAGAGGCAAGAGAAAGGUACCUGCUCGCCUUUAGAGCAAGACAGUCCUGAACAGUUCAACUUAGAGAGAGCACUGGCUGCCCUGUGAUCACUGUCUGUCAGGUAUACAGUUUGUGUGUGAGUGUGUUUUGCUUUGAAACACAUAGAGUAACAUCAAUUUAACCUGUCUACAAAGGCACAAGAAGUGAUGAUAGGAUUUUAAGAGGAAUGAAUGAGUUAUUUAAGUUAUUCCACUUUAGUGAUACAUUAGGCUCAGUUCUGGGCAGAUGGAAUUCUUAGUUCAUUAGUAUUUAUCAGUCUUCUGUGAAAACCACCAAUCACAAUUCAAUCAGAUUCUCCAAAUAAAAUGGUUUAUAGAAUUAUGGCAGUGAGAUCAGUAUUGAAGUAUUUGUCCAAGGACUCCAGGACUGCCAGUGACACCAGUGAGUGGGAGUGAUCUAGUUAGUGACAGUAAGAGACAAAUGAAGAGGGAUGAAAUCAGAAGAGGGACCUUUUAACUGGCAAAUGGUGAUAAUGAAAAAAAAAGUGCAGCAAGAGUAAGAUCUGGGACUUUGGAGGAUAGUGGGAUUUUGGUCCCCAAUUGACCCUGACAUUUUAUAAAUAGUUGUUAAAUUGGAAAUGUAAUUUUGAGUAUGUGUUCUGCAUUGAACAAAAAACGAUUAUUUGUUUAAGUUUUUUGUCAGUUUAAUUAGUGUCUGCUUCAAAGUAACCAAAGUCCUCAGCUAAUUUUAGGUCCACUGAAGUACUCAUUCACAAAAGCAAAGACCGUAUUUAUAACUAACGGGAAAUGUUCCAGUUGUCCUGUUAUUUUUUUACUUAUUUAUUUGAGCGUGAUUUUCUUUGAAUCAGCAUUUAGUUUUUACUGGUCUCACUAGAUAAACAAUAAUAAUUGCAAAUCUCUUCUAAAUCUUUUUUUUCUCAGUAAAUCUGAACGUGCCUUUAUUUAUUUACAAUUUGCUGAUCUCAAGUCAGAAUGCAACUCAAGAUUUCAAUCACUAUUUUUCAGUGUAUGUAUGUGAUUAAUCUGUGUCUGCCAUUUAACUCAUUUGAAGAUAUAUUGGGCAUUAAUCCUCC